AUGGAGUCUAUGGUGCGGCCAAGCAGCCGAAGUGUCUUUAUCUCCUCCAUUUCGGUCAAAGGGAAGCCGAAUGCAAGCCAAGAGGAAAGGAAAGUAGCCCACAUCUUGGAAGAAGGGGAUUCAUCUUUGAGGACCUCCUCAAACUUCAGAUGUUCUCCUCAUUGCGGUCCCAGCAAGACGGUGAGACGGAUUCUGGUGGUCUGUGCCAUCUCCUUCUUCACUCUGAUGGGGAAUAUUUCCCUCAAUUUAAGCAAGACUGUGCAAUCCUGGAGGAAUGCUGAGGACGCUCUUGGAGGCUUACCGUCGUGUCAAGACCUUCUGGUUGUCCCGCUGAUAGGUCUUCUCCAAGAUGGAAAAAUGUGGGAAGACGGAGGCUUGGAGAGAAGACUUGGGCCAAAGCCUAAGUUGGAGAAGCUGGCCAUUUCCUGUGAAGACUCUUGGGAGAAGAUCCAUCAUGCCAACCAUCACUGUAAAGAAAGCGAAGAUUUCGGGUGCCACGUUUUCAUCAAGACUUUAAAGGAGAAGUGGAGCACCACACUAAGAAUGGAGAAAGGUCCAGUGCAGUCGGAGAUGACUUCAGAACUUUUGGAGAUGUUUGGAAGUUCUGAGGAAGACCUGAAAGCAAUGAGAUCCAAUCCAGAUUGGGUCCAUGUGGCGUCUCUCAGGCUCCUGCUCCGAAUCCAAGGAACCAUAUUGAAAUCCCAAGGGACCUCCCCAUCAUCUGAAGACAUCCAAGAACUGUGGCUUCAGGUGUCCGCCUUCUCCAACCCGUACUCCGUUUUUGCGUCAGAAAGCCUCCAAGAGUGUCGGAUGGAGAAGAACCUCAACUUUUCCAUCCCCCGAUAUCAAAGCAUCUCUCUUUUCUCCAUCCAAUGCUCCUUGAAAGAUCUGGAUUCCCUCCAGGGCUGUUUGCUGGAGAAAAGUCGCAAGGAACUCAACAAGAAAGCCAGGGAUGUUCUUUCUCUGGUGAGCCUCAAGCUCACCUUGCUGGCCAUUGCCAGCCUCAUCUAUCCAGUUGCUGUGGUUUCUUUUAAAGAGAUGACAAGUUGGAUCCAGAACUACGCCCAAAGUCUCAAGGAACGGACGGAGGACCUGAAGCAGGAAAGACAUUUGGCAGAGGACCUCUUGCACCAGAUGUUGCCCAAAUCGGUGGCCAAACAGCUGAGGAAACACAAGAACGUGGAGGCAGAAAAUUAUGACCAGGUGACCAUCUUCUUCUCGGACGUCGUGGGCUUCACAGCCAUCUCCGCCUCCUGCAGCCCUUUGCAAGUGGUGGAGAUGCUCAACAACCUCUACGUCUGCUUCGACACCCGGAUCGAGUCGUACGACGUCUACAAGGUAGAAACCAUUGGGGAUGCCUACAUGGUGGUGAGUGGGUUGCCGGAAAGGAACGGCACCAAACACGCCGACGAAAUUGCCAAAAUGGCUUUAGAUUUGGUGGCCGCCGUCCGGCAAGUCGUGAUCUCCCAUAUGCCAGACAGAAAACUCGAAUUACGGGCCGGCAUUCACACAGGGCCAUGCGUUGCUGGCGUCGUGGGACACAAAAUGCCACGGUAUUGCCUUUUUGGAGACACGGUCAACACAGCUUCUCGGAUGGAGUCCACCAGUUUGCCUCAGAAGAUACACAUCAGUUCGGCCACAUACCUUGCGCUGCUGGAAGACGACGCCUACGACAUCGAGCUCCGAGGGGAGAUCGAUGUGAAGGGGAAAGGGAAAAUGCAGACCUACUGGCUCCUCGGCAACAAGAACUACAGCGUCCAAAAUGACAGUCUGGUGUGUCACUGGAACCCGGGACUGUCUCAGAAAAAGAAAAAGGCGCCAAGCGUUGCCUCUGUGCGGCAACAGUUCGAUGCAUGCACCAUGGGUGCACCAGAGAGCAAGAAAACUGCAGGAACUUCACAUGAAGAAUGGCGUUUGAUGGACCUCAAUGGAAGGAGCCUCUUCUUACCUGGCACUGCUGCCAGUGACAAAGGCCAAGAGCAAGAAAACUCUUCUGGUUUCCAAAAAAGUCCUCUUUGUGCAUCGGAGGCCACAAAGCCAAUGGAAGAGGAGCGAGUCCCAGAUUUAUUGAAGCAUAGCCCAGAUUGCGAGCAGCCAUCGCUGGAAAAGGAACAGCUCCUGCCAGGGUUUGUGGGCGAAGCGUGAAUGGGAACGCCAUGGGGAAAAGGGAUCUUGCCAUACCCCCAAAGUCUCCUAAGACACUUCCAUUGGCAGCCAAGAAUCUCCUGUGGCAUGGCACCAGAGAGUUCCCCACAGCACCUUGGCAUUUCCCACAGCACCCAAGAGUUUUGCUUGGCAACCAAGAGUCCCCUGUAGCAUGGCAACUAAAUGUUUCCCGUGGCACACAGCAGUCUGCCAUGGCACCCAAGAGUUGCCCUUGGUACCCAACAGUUUCCUAUGGCACCCAAAGGUUUCCCACAAAAUGAUACCAAAGUGUUUCCCAUGGCACCCAUGAGUCCCCUGUAGCAUGGCACCUACAAGUUUCCUAUGGCAACUAAACGUUUCCCAUGGCACCCAAUGGUCUGCCAUGGCAUCCAAGAGCUUCCCAAAAGAGCUUCCCUUGGUACUCAAGGGUUUCCCAGUGCACCCAAAGGUUUCCCACAGCAUCCAAGAGUCUCCCUUGGCAGCAAAACAUGGCACCUAAGAGCUUCCCAUGGCACCCAAGUGUCUCCUAUGGCAUGGCACCCAACAGCCUGCCAUGACACUCAUUUUGGCAUCAUAACUGCCUAACAGGAUUGCAGAAGAUGGAGGAAGGGAAGGAAAAGAAGAAGGAGACAGAGGAGAAAGAAAAGGAGGAGAAAGAGGGAGUAGGAAUAGGAGAAGGAAUAAUCUCCAGACGUCAUGCCAAGCCCCUGGAAAUAGCUAUGUCUUGAUGUGCUAGAAAUCCACGGCUGAGGGCAAAGGACCCGGUGCGUUGGAUAUUUUAAUGCUCGCUGUCAACGCUGACAGUCCAGGAGACAGAGUUUUGAAACCUCACACUUUGCGGAAGAGCUGAUAAGAAGCUAUGGCUGCUGCAGAGACCUAGGCCUGGAGUUUGGGCCAAGAGCGCUGAUAUGAUAAGCCAAUCUGCCACUUUGGUGUUCACACCUCAACACUUCUACGAAGGUCCCAUCCCGCAAUGGCUUUAAUGCACCCAGAGCCUUGGUGGCACCAAGCCUUAACCCAGAGCUUAGCUGGUUCAGUUCAUUUUCGCUUCAUUAUUUUGGGGCAUCCCACUGAUAUUCCCAUUCUAUCCAAUGGUUUCCCUUUCCGAAGAGUGCUUAAUUUGUUCUGUAAUUUUAAAGAAGUAUGUUCAAGCUGUGGACAGUUGCUUCCAUGGAUAAAGAAUCUGUGGAUAUGGAAGGUACCUUGGGGUGGAUUAAAAAUAUAACUAGUUACUUUCAAGACUAAUUACUUUCCCAAGCUCAGAGAAAGAGAUUUAAAAUAGGCAGAUAUCCAUCCCAAUGUGUCCCUUUUGGACAGGAAAAGAUGAUGAAACCAGAGGCCUUUGCAAAUCCUUUGGCCAUAGAGAUUCCUUACAUAGCAUCCUCUCAUCUUGGCCUAAGAAGGCUUGUGUCUUCCUGGCGCAUUG